UAUGCAGGUGUGUCACCUAGAGCCAUUUAUGUGUGUAGUAGCGAAAGGCAUGCACCGUUACGUGUGUGCAAUGGUAUGUAGGAGGGAUAGUGUGUGUAUGUGGGCACGAGAUGAGAAUGAUAAUGGCCGAUGAUUCAGUUCCACGAGGAAGGACGGAAAGAGAAACAGGAAGGUGGAGAAAAUGCAUGAGAGGGGGGAGAUGUGAGCUAGGAUGCUAGAGGCGUCACUCAAAAGCUUCAGGGUUUUAAUGUCUGCGCUAGAGAGUGAUAAGGACGAGGACGCAGGUGGAGCAGGAGAGAGAGCAGGCAAAUAAGAUGGGGCGAUAGAGACGGAGUGAAAGAAAGAGGCUGGUCGGGCAGAAAAUGUUGUCGUCGGCUCCUGAAUAGAAAGAGGAGAGUACUGUAUAUUUAACACCAUCUCUGGACCCAGAUGGAGAAGAGAAGAGCGAGGGAGGGAGGGAGAGAUGGAGACAGACGGAGGGUGGUAGAGAGAGAAAGAUUGGUAUCACAUGAGAGCAAGGUAGGACUAACGGCACUGAAAGCACUGAUAGGGGCGCCAGAGGCAAGGAGGGAGCAAUCGAGAGAGGAUGAAUAGAGUGGUGUGCUGAAUAACAGUGGAAGAACAGAAGGAACAAAACAUCAGGAAAAAGAAGAAGACACUGGACUGAACAUGGAAAAGUGAACGUGAAGGAAAUAACUCGGAUAGUUGAAAACCGAAAGAAGGUGUUUUUCUUCGUAAAAGGAGCUGUAGGUGUCUAGGUGUGUGAGCUUCGGCGUGAAUUAUAGAGAUGGACACAUAACACCUGUUAUUCCUGAAUGAAGGGGUGUAACAGUUUUCAGCUGGUUCUGUUGCACUGUCUCUGCAGCAUUUUGUCUACCUGCACGGAGUUUGACCUUCCUUAGUCAGCAGGCAGAGUGAGACUGCAGAGAGAAAAAGAGCGAGUAAGAAAGAGAGGUGGAGAGAGGGAGUGUCUACAGAAAAACAGAGUGUGUUAAAGUGGAGUAGUAGCCGAGGGAGUUGUUGCAUUUUGAUUAGUGUGCCUGUGCAGCCUGCACUGUCCUCCCGACGUAAGACGGUUUAGUUCUGCCUGGGACUCUAUGGAGAUACAGACCCCGUUUACCCUCAAACAGCAACCAUCUCUGAAGCCCCCGGUCCCACCCAGACUGGACUGAAGUGAUUUCCAUCUCCUCGACUAGGCCCUGGCUCUUUCUAAAAUGUCUCUUUGAAUUUUUAAUCACACCUCCAACUGUAGUGUUUUUGAAUCCUCUGGAACAAUGGAUACGUCAGGCAACCACCAAGGGUGCCCUGCACGUGCUACCGGUGUAGGAGACUCAAGGUUGGGGGAGGCUAGGAUGGGAGAGGGGAUAAGAAUGGGGGAAAGAGAGACCCCACUUAGGCUGUCACCUUUCCGUAUGCUACGAAUGCUGGACUCAUGCCGUCCUCCUGGAAGCCGUAUUGGUAUCGUCCAUGAGAAUGUGAAGAUGGGAUCAGACGGGGAGAGCGACCAGGCCUCUGGGACGUCUUCUGACGAGGUCCAGAGUCCAGUCCGGGUCCGGAUGAGGAACAACCACCAUCGGCGCAUCUCUAAUGAGGACAUCAACAAGCGCUUGUCUCUCCCAGCUGAUAUCAGGCUACCGGAGGGCUACUUGGAGAAGUUUGCCAUGAACAGCCCCCCCUUUGACAAACCCAUGAGCCGCAGGCUACGGCGUGCUUCAUUGUCUGAAAUCGGCUUUGGGAAACUUGAGACCUACAUCAAACUGGACAAACUAGGGGAGGGGACCUAUGCUACAGUGUUUAAGGGGCGAAGCAAGUUAACAGACAACUUAGUAGCUCUGAAGGAGAUCCGGCUGGAGCACGAGGAGGGCGCGCCCUGCACGGCUAUCCGGGAAGUGUCUCUACUGAAGGACUUGAAGCACGCCAAUAUUGUCACUCUCCAUGACAUCAUCCACACUGAGAAGUGCCUGACACUCGUGUUUGAGUACCUGGAAAAAGAUCUGAAGCAGUACAUGGACGACUGUGGGAGCAUAAUGAGUGUUCACAAUGUCAAGAUAUUCCUUUUCCAGCUGUUGCGAGGUCUGGCGUACUGCCACAGAAGAAAGGUCCUCCACAGAGACCUCAAACCCCAGAACCUGCUCAUCAAUGAGAAAGGAGAGCUCAAACUGGCAGAUUUCGGUUUGGCGAGAGCUAAAUCUGUUCCUACGAAGACCUACUCCAAUGAAGUUGUGACAUUAUGGUACCGGCCACCAGAUGUGCUUCUGGGCUCCACUGAGUACUCUACACCCAUUGAUAUGUGGGGUGUGGGCUGCAUCUUUUAUGAGAUGAUCACUGGCAGACCUCUCUUCCCUGGAUCCACUGUGGAAGAUGAGCUACAUCUCAUAUUCCGCAUCCUAGGUACUCCUACAGAAGAGACUUGGACUGGAAUCACCACCAGUGAAGAGUUUAAGACGUACAAAUUUCCUCGAUACAACGCAGAGCCCCUCGUCAACCACGCACCCAGGAUAGACAAUGAUGGUCACGACCUCCUCUCACUGCUUCUUCAGUUUGAGGCUAAGAAGCGGGUAUCAGCUGAAGACGCUCUGAAACACUCGUAUUUCAAAUGUUUUGGGGAGGAGGUUCAAACGCUGUCUGACAUCACAUCCAUCUUCUCUGUAAAAGGCAUUCAGCUUCAGAAGGAUCCAGGGAAGAGAUCCUCAGUCUUCCCAGAGUCAACGAUGGCCCAUAAGCUAGGCUCUGCACCCUCGCAGUACUUCCAGAGAGAAGCAGCCAAUCCCAGGGCUCAGAGUCAAAAUCUCUCCUCCACUUCCACAGGCUGAGUGGCCCCUACCGUUCCGCCCAGGGGAAGAGCAGGAGGCAGAGUGUGUUGUUUUAGUGCUGGCCGGGGCGCUGAGGUGAGGAGGACAGAGACACGUGGAGCUGUCCUGUCAGACAUACGUUCACUGACCCUGCCACACACACACUGAAGGAGCGACACACACCCUGCCACAGAAACACACACACUGAAAAAAAUACACACACACAUACUUGAAACAAAACCACCCAGAAUUUAGGCUGAAGAAUUUGUACUUGACAAUAAAAAUAAAUAAAGACUCAGUUAAAUUUAAGGAUGAGAGAAGCGGGGAAAUGCCGUUAGAAAAGUGGGAGAGUACAAGAUUCUCCUUGCUGCUACUACCGCUGCUGUCCAGAAGAGGGCAGCGUUUAAGGAGUGGGCUGGCUCGGUUUCUGAACAGAACUUGCUGCAUCAGUGAGCCGUGAGGAAGAAGUCUAAGGCGAAGAAAGAGAAGGAACUUUCUUGUGCUCCUUUUCUUUUUUGUUCGGACUGUUGUUGUACAUAAAUAGACUGAGCUGUAGAACUCUGCUUUUUUCAUAACACGCCUCGGCCUGAAUCCAAACUCAGAAUAUUGCACCUGAACCCUAAACCCUCGCCUGACCUCUUGGCCCUUUAUUACGCAAUCUUUAAAACAACACAUAGAAAUACACAAUCUCUUUCUUUCUCUCAUUCUCUAGCUCUCUUGAAUAAACACACAUAAACACACACACACACACACACAGACACACACACACUUAUGAUUCACUUGAAAGUUAAGAGUCUGUAGAAAAGUGGAGUUUACAGAUAAACUUUAGCACCUUAUUGUCCAGUAGAAGUCAGGGUGGCUGUCAUUACGUUACCUCAUCACUCAAGCAGAGUAGGAUGUAAAGUACAUGCUAGAUUUAGAAUGAAGAAGAAUCAAAUAACAAACCAAAAAAACAACAACAAUACUACACUAAAAUAAAACACUAAAGACACUCACAAACCAGUCGUCGACAAUUAUUGCAUUUGCUCACAUGCUGUAAAGAACACUACGCUGCAAGACACUCCUGUUCUUAGUAGACAAGAAGGAAAACCUUUACGGAUAGAGAGGUUUACAAAUCCUCAACUGCUUAUUCCUAGACACACCCUUUCCUCUUUUGCCUUGACUCAGAAGUUGUCUUGAUGUGCUGUGUGAUGUACAGGUGUUGAUGUUAAAACGUUCUCUUUGCACCUGCUUUUACCUCUUUAGAUCAUCCCAAACAUCUCCCUCUAAUCUCUAUUUGCAUUUAUUUUUACUCUUCUUAUUUUUCAAUCUGUAUAUAUCAUACUUUUUACUUGUCAGAAGCAAUGAUACUUCCAGGAUGCUGUUCUCAGUCUUUACUGUGUUCCCACCGGAACAGUGUGUCGACUGGCUGGGGACGUGUUGCACAUUCCUUGAGCUCAGGACUUAACGCUAGUGUUGUUUUGUGGAUGCUGUGAGGUGCAGCUGGUCUUGUAUGUCUCCCCAUGUGUGGCAGAGAAUGUCAAACAUGGCCUAAAACCCUUUUGCAAAGCUGGUUCAGACUAUGUGAAGGAGUAUUUUCAUCCUUUCAUUUGUCUGUGUCAUACUUAGUUAAUUUCACCAAAUGAUUGCUGUCCAGUGACUACCUUACCCACGUCUGUAGUAUACUUGUCAUCUUCUUCGAGCAUGUUUGUGUAUUAAACACUGAGUUGGUAUGUGAAAUAGCUUCUGCUGGAAAAUACCGUCAGUCGGUUUAGUGCAUGGGACAUGACAUUACAUGAUUAUUGUUUUUACAUCAAAACACACAUUCAACUGUAAUGGCUCCUCAUUGAGUCUGAAGACUGUUCUCUUUAAUAAAACGAAGACAAUGACAACACAGUAGUCAGCAACAAUGGCAUGUGCUGCCGGCAUUGGGACCAGAUAGUUUGUAGGACAAAUUUGCCUCGAUCUCAAUCUUUGAGCGUUUAAUAGGACUUGAAGGACUCAGACACACUGUUGUUUCCCGCUGAUAACUUUACAGGCUGCCACAAACUACAGGACCAAGUCAAUCCUCCAAGCACCAGGUGUUCAAGCACACAACUGUUUCACACACCAAUCAGUUGAAAUGUCAACGUGUACUGUAUCCUACGAGAUGGCUUGUGAGUGUAGAUUGGAGUUGCCUGUUCUUCAGGCACUGACCUUGGGUCAUUUCUGCAUCUUUUUUGAAAAUGGAUUCAAAAAGGGUGAAUUGAUCCCAUGUCUUUGCCUGUAAGAAGGACUACCUAUUAACCCAGAGUGUGACAGUAUGUAGCAUGUACAUAGUUGAUCCCUUGCUCUGUAUAUAUAUAUAAAAGUGUACAGGUUUGAAACAGCUGUUCACACUCUGGCUUUUUUUUUGCUUUUCCUUUAUGAAAGUCAUAGCAAUAUUUCUGUAAUCAAUAAAAAGCCAAGGUAAUAGGAAGAGUGUGAUUGCAUUUGUGUUAUUUUAGCGAAGGAGAAAUGACUGUGAAUGAUCAAACUGUGAGACUUGACUUGAGGGUUUUUUUUCUUGCUGUUUAACAUGCUGGAUCCAAAAGGCUGGACUGAAGUAUCAUGUUGCAAAGGAGUAUAACACACUGUUUGUUUUUAUUUUAAUCAAUGAAAGCCAUAAAGGUGACAAUGGUCUGUGUAUGAGGGGUGUGAACCAUGUUUGAGCACAGACCAAAGCUGGAUGACGUGUACACCUAAUAAAUAAAAUAAUGUAAUUACC